AUGAAAAUUUCGAGGAAGUAUCAGAAACUUAUAACGAAACGUGAAAGUGCAUUUUCAAUUGAUGCUAAAUACCGAAAUCGAAUCAAUCGGCGUUGCGGUGAUAUUCAUUCGUAUUAUUUGCCAGCCUUAAAUGAAUGCUAUCGUAUUUAUCAGACACCUUACGAUAAUCUUAAUGCCAGUUAUGAUGGUGAUAGAAAUGAAUUAGCUUACGGUACAAGUCAAUAUGAUUAUAUGUACAAUUGUUGGGAGCUUUAUCGCGGGAAACUACUCGAUAUCAGGGAAGUAGCGAUAAAAGAGAAAAUACAAUUGGUGAAAAAGAUAGCCUUGCAAUUUUAUAAUAUUACCGGACAACGUGAUGCUAUUCGGGUAGGCUUUAUGAUAAGUAAAAAUUAUGAAAUAAUGUCCCAGAAUGGUACUUUUUACGACAUAUUGGAUGGAGUAGACGUGAAAAUGGAUCCCAUUGAACCAUGCGAUAAUAUUUGCUGUAUUGUUAUAAAAUCGGAUAAAAUUGAUGAGGUAGAAAUGGAACAGGCAAGUUGCGAUCAUUCCUUAUCGAUACCCAACUUUUUUUGCCAGAAAAAGGGAAAUGCUAGAAAAUGCCAAAAUUAG